AAAAAGUCAAACAAAAAAUAACUAAACAAGAUAGUUUUCAAAAACAAGUGCAAAAAACGUGAAAUUUUGCAGGUUAAACAGCAAAAAAAUCAAUUCAGUUCCAUAUAUGUUGGGCAGUGCUGGAUUUCCACCAGAAUCGGGUUAAAGCAUCAAGCCCGCAAGAUGACCGAACACCAGGCGGCGGAUGAACAGCAGUCCUCCGAAACCGAGUCCCAGUCGCACACCAAGGCCAUAACCAUGGCCACCCCCGCCAAAUCCAAUCCGAAGUUCAAGGACACCGAGGAGGGAUUCCUCUCCACAUCUCCGGACAGCGCCAAUGGUGAUGCCCAGCAGCACUCCAUCCAGAAGGUGGCCGACCCGCCCAAUGGCAAUCACCCGGAGAAGCUAACAGGGAGCUCACUGAGUGGCAAAGUCACCAUAAACGGAAGCGGAGGUCCUAUCCUCACCAGCCGGCAGCUCAUCUGCCAGGCCUUCCACCAGUGCUCCUGCCCGGAGCAGUGCGUCACCCUGAACAACAUUCUAGAUUCGUUCAAGGCGCCGCUCUCCGAGGACCAGGCCUGGGCGCUCAUCCACCAGUUCAUCAGCCUCUACCACAAGGUGGCCGUGGAGGCCCACCACUCGGCCGCUGACUACGACGCCCAUCUGCCCACACGCUUCGAGCUCCACUUCCAUCGCGAUGGCGGAGUGCACUUUUCCGGCAAAGAUCGACUGCCUCCAGCCCAGGAUCAGGAAGAUCAGGAGCGAAACCAGGAGCUUCAGACACAGGAUUCUAGUAUCCGGGGAACACUGGACGACAGUGCCAGCAGCAGUGCCAGUGGCGAUAGCAGCGCCAUCAUUGAAAGAGCCUUCGAAAACAACAAUCAUCAUCACCAUCACACGCCGCUCGUCGUUUCGCAUAGAAAGAUUAUCGGCGAAUUGGCGCAAAUCGUCUACACAGCUUUGGAUUACAAUUUGCCAGAAGACGAGGAGUGUCAGAUGUCCCAGGAGCUGGAGAGUCUCUUCAACUUUAUGACGGCAGAUGAAACCGACGAUGAUUGCAUCGACGAGGGCAUCGACGAAGGCGAUAAACGCUGGGACGACGAUACCGAGGAGGAGCGCAACGACACCAAAGAACUAGAGCACAUUAUCGAGACCUGCAGAAACCACAUAAAACCCACCUUGCCCGAGAACCACUACCGAGCCGUGUGCAGAGCCCUCGUCACAGAGACCAUUGAGCUCCGUGUGUUCCUGCAGCAAGUUCUAAACAAUGCAGGUGCCGAGAAGCUAAUAAAGGCGGCUGAAUCGUCGGCGACCACGCAACAAGAACUGGCGAAGCUGGGCUUCAACGACUGGGCACGCUUCUGGGUGCAGGUGAUCGACGAACUGCGGCGCGGUGUUCGCCUGAAGAAGAGCAACUACGAACGCACACCCAUCGAGUACGAGCUGACGCCCUAUGAGAUACUCAUGGGGGACAUUCGAGCCAAAAAGUAUCAGUUGCGCAAAGUGAUGGUGAAUGGAGAUAUACCGCCGCGUGUCAAGAAAGAUGCCCAUGCCAUGAUCUUGGAGUUCAUCAGGUCGCGGCCUCCGCUCAGGAAGGCUUCUGAGCGGCAGUUAGGACCGCCGCGGAUGUGCGAACCCUCGCCCCGAGAACAACUAAUGGAAUCCAUCCGGAAGGGCAAGGAACUGAAGCAGAUCACCCCACCGGAAGCUCCCACCCUAAGAGAGAGAUGUAACUACGAAGCUCUACAUUGUCUCUUAAAAAAAAAAUCUUUGCUACUCGCAGAAAAAUCGUACUACCCAGUGCUUCCAAGUGCAAAUUCCACGUUGUCACGAUCCCGACAGCGGCUCAUCAAAGUGGAUUUCUCAAAGUUUCAGGACGAUGAGCCCUUCUGUGAUGAAUCAAGCAUUAGUAGCUCCCACUCCACAGCGGCCACCCUCCACCAUCAGCGUCUGCACCUGGCCGAGAUGCAUCGCUACUCGCAGCCCAAGAUGCCCCCGUACCCGAUUGGUGGCUACAUGGUGCCCAGCCAGGCGCAUCAUGAUAGCCAGGCGACGGCGUCGCUGAUGCGGCCCAGACGCACAAUGGAGCCAGCGAAGCAGGCGCCACCCGAAGAGCCAUCCUUCACGGAGGACGAGUACCACAGAUUCUACGACACGGCCUUGGAAUCUUACGACCUGGCCACUCAGUGCGAGUCGAGGCGCGCCUCCACGCGCCGCCACACCAUCGUGGGCUGUCAGAGCAAUCUGGACGAGACGCACUCAAUGCCGCCCACGCGGCCGGAAUCGCGUCAAUCCGAUGACGUCAGCAAGGAGCCAUCCAAGCGAAGCCCCAUGGAACAAACAAAUCCAACCACAGACGAGGCCAGUUCAACAUCCUCCCUUGGCCCAUGGAACAAGUCCUUCAUGGACAAACAGACCUGGAUGGAACGGGGGGACGAUCGCCUGUCCGUCACGCUGGCGGAGAUCGUUCACAUCCGUUCCGUCAUGACCAAGGCGGAGCUGGAGGGCCUGCCGAUGGACGUGCGCGUCAAGGAGGAUGUUGAAAAGCGUCGCGUCUGCUUCCUGUGUCUGCGCACCCGUUUCUCCUUCUUUGGACCCUGGGGCAUCCAGUGCAAGCUUUGCCAGCGUACAGUCUGCGCGAAGUGUUACACCAAGAUGCGAAUUCCUUCGGAGCAUUUCCGGAAUGUGCCCCUCGUGCUGAUCUCACCAUCGCUGCUGUCCAGCCCGGCCAGCUCGAGCACACCCUCACCCUCCCAUCAUGCCCAUCAGGCGCACUCGUCCUCGACGGGGAACAUUGUGGAUGACCAGUUUCCCAAGUCCCUGAUCGAGCGUCUUCUGCGAUCCGAGUCAGAUAGAAAGACUCGCAGCACUGUGGGCAGUGCCCCAUCCUCACCCAAGCACCAAAGAUCAAACAUGAGCACGCCGGGCAUCAGCGUGGGACCCGGAGCCUCGGCCGCCCAUGCCACUGGCCAGGCGGUGGAGGCGUUGCACGACCAGGCGGCCAUGUCGGCCUCCUACUCGGCGGCAAUGCGACCCUCUGGCGUUCACCAGCAUCAGAAGCAGCACUACAACAACGCCAUGUCCCGGAGCAUGGAGGGACCCCGGAGUCUGCCCGUGCACAGCCCUGCAUAUCGACCGCUUUCCAACAACAGCACCUUGGAAAGAAAAUCCCGCUUCUCGAGGGGCUUCAACCUGUUCUCCUCGGGCAGCCACCUGGCCCAGACCCCGGAACAGAAGGAGAACCUGCGGGGCGAGCAGGUGACUGUGUGCAACGACUGCCAGGGCUUGGUCAACGAGAUCACCAGCUCUGUGAAGCAGAAGCGCAGCUCCGCCCGGAACCGAACCAUACAGAAUCUCACCCUGGAUCUGACGCCCGUCUGGAAGUAGGCGGGUGGACUCCCCCCCGCUGGAGGAGGAGGAGGAGCAGUGCGUUCAAAGGCCAUAAGAGAUUUGCGUUUUGGGGUUCUUACGACUGACAUUACCACUUACUCGAUCAAUUCAUUAACCAAAAACGGACUUUUCUUGAUAACUGACUGGAUUG